UCUUCUUCCUUUUCUUCUUCAACGACCCCUCCUCUUCCACUCUCAAGUCCCUGCGUAAAAAAUACAGAGCCAGAGAAAGAGAGAGAGAGAGAGAGACCAAGAUUCUCUUUAACACCAUCUUUAAUUAAACUACGAAAACUCCAGAGCACCACCUCUCUUUGAAUUUCUCGUAGACUACGUGAAAAAUCUCAGCUUUUUGGUUUCGGAGGCUCUGAAGAUUGAUGAGCUACUUCUUUUUGCUGUAUCUGAUUUUUACCUAAUUUAUAGUUUCGAUUCGUCUUAUGGAGUUGUUUGGAUUGAAUUAGAUACUUUGAUUCCUGGGGAAUCUCUAUUCUUCUCUGGUUGUUGAAGAGAAAAAUAAUGUCGACGAAGAUCAAAGGAGAGCUUUUUUCGUCCAGAAGCUUAGUAUCCAAGAAAUGGACAUUUUUACUCUGCUUUGGGAGCUUCUGCUUUGGGAUACUCUUCACCGAUAGGAUGUGGAUUAUUCCAGAGUCUAAAGACAUGUCUCGACCAUCUGUAAGUACAGAAGCUGAAAGACUUAAGCUGAUCUCUGAGGGCUGUGAUCCGAAAAAUCUCUACCAGAAAGAAGUAAAUCGUGAUCCUCAGGCUUUGCUUGGAGAAGUUUCCAAGACUCAUAAUGCUAUACAGACAUUGGAUAAGACCAUUUCAAGUUUAGAGAUGGAGUUAGCCGCAGCAAGAUCAGCACAGGAGUCUUUGAUAAACGGUGCUCCUAUAUCGAAUGAUGUGGAGAAGAGGCAAUUACCGGGGAAAAGACGGUAUUUGAUGGUUGUAGGGAUUAAUACUGCUUUUAGUAGCCGCAAGAGAAGAGAUUCUGUUCGAACAACUUGGAUGCCUUCAGGUGAGAAAAGAAAGAAGUUAGAGGAAGAGAAGGGAAUUAUUAUACGGUUUGUGAUUGGUCAUAGUGCCACGGCGGGCGGAAUUCUAGACCGAUCCAUUGAAGCAGAGGACAAGAAACAUGGAGAUUUCUUGAGAUUGGACCAUGUUGAAGGAUACCUUGAGUUAUCAGGGAAAACAAAAACAUAUUUUUCUACAGCUGUUUCAAAGUGGGAUGCAGAAUUCUAUGUCAAAGUAGAUGAUGAUGUUCAUGUAAAUAUCGCAACACUUGGGGAAACUCUUGUUAGACACAGGAAGAAACAUCGAGUCUAUAUCGGCUGCAUGAAAUCUGGUCCAGUCCUAUCUCAAAAAGGAGUUAGAUACCAUGAGCCUGAAUAUUGGAAAUUUGGUGAGAAUGGAAACAAGUACUUCCGUCACGCUACUGGACAAUUAUACGCCAUUUCAAGAGACUUGGCUUCUUACAUUGCCCUUAAUCAGCAUGUUCUGCACAAAUAUGCAAAUGAGGAUGUUACAUUAGGUGCUUGGUUUAUCGGGCUUGAUGUUACACAUAUCGACGAUAGAAGGCUAUGUUGCGGCACUCCUCCGGAUUGUGAAUGGAAGGCACAAGCAGGCAACAUAUGUGUAGCUUCAUUUGACUGGACCUGUAGUGGUAUCUGCAGAUCAGCUGAUCGAAUUAAAGAAGUUCACAAGCGAUGUGGUGAACCAGAAAACGCUAUUUGGAAAGCCAGAUUUUGAGGCCUUCCACAACAUAUACACAUAGAUCAUAUAUAGAAUUUGUUUUUCAAACCCAAACAGACAUCAAACGAUGAUCACCCGGAAAACAAUUCUCCUUCUUCUUGUUCAUAUUCUUUAUGAACCAAGAAGAUAGCUACAUUUGUUUGUAUAUCAUAGUUAAAUACAUGGUAGAGGACUAUAGAGAGAUAAGUAUGAAAUGAAACUCUUGCAAAGAUAGCGGUUUGCGACAAA